AUAAAGUCCUGAGGAAAUCCCUGAUAUAAGAAAAAACUCCUUACUGGAAGAAAAGGAAGUCCGUGGUGGAAGAAAAGACCGCACACUAUAGUCCCUCUUCCUCCUACUCUUCCUACUCCUCCUCCUCUUUUGCACAAGUUAGCCCUUGAUGAAAUUUUGUAAACACAUUCUCUGUUACCGAGCUCUGUGUUGGCACUUCAGGACGCACCGUGGUUCUGUAUUUCCUUGUGUGUCAGCCGUGUAACACCUUCAGGAAAGCCAUCAUCCCUUGGGACACACACCGGAGAUCCCGUGGCUUAGAUUACAAGGACCCUGUGGCUGAGGACCCCGUGGGAGGAAUGAGGAGGGCGUGAAGGAUCUGUAUCUUAACAAGGGGGAGUGCAGCAUGAGGCAGCCGUCCAUGUAGCUGUGGCAGCUCCAAGCAGGUGCAGCUACCUUGGAGUCAGACAGGCCAUGUGUAACUCAUGAUUGAGGCCAAGACACCAUCAAGUCACCUGGUGUGACCUAUGUGUGUUGAGGUGAAACGGAGAGACCCUUUCACUGCCACCACUACUACCACUGCCACCACUACCACUUCCUGCUGCUGCCGCUGCUGCCCACCAACAGCACCCAUGUUGAAUCGCUUCAAGACAGCACUCUACAAUGUGGUGGGGAGCUUUGACCAGGCUGAGGGAGGUGCCCUGGGGGGCCUGGGUCCGGGAGUGACCUCUGGCCUUCCCACAAGCUCACUCAGCACCAGGUCCUUGACAGGGUCCAUCAGAGACAAGGGCCUGCGUUUCCCAUACACACGGCCACACUUCCUCCAGCUUGGCUCUGAGGAUGAGAUUCAGGUGACAGCAGAUCACGCCAUUCGACCCAUCAUCUGCCCACGGGACAUAUCAAGGCUGCCGUGGAAUAGUGGCUAUGCUGAAACCAUCAAUGCCGGCAAGUCCAAGAAAAAUGAGGACCAAGCAGUGGUUCACGUCGGGCUCCUCACACGACCACUCCGGGUAGAGCAGGGAGCUCCAUCCUCCACCUCAUCCUCCUCUUCUUCCCCAUCUACCUUACAGGAUGCCAGGAGCACCUCAGUCAAGGCAGAACCAGUGGUCAAUGGGCACAGUGAAGAGGUGCCAGAUCAGCCUCAGGAGAAGACAGUGAUGUUGCAGCCUCAGGGAAUCCAGCAUCCUCUGUCUGCCAGCCCUGCCACGGAGCUGAUGGAAGGCUUCUCACAGGACCUCAGCAGUAACCCUGAGGACCAGCCAGGAGAGGGACCAGGGGGGAUCAAGAUAGAAGAAGGAAGUGCAGAGCCUCCUCCUCACGAGUCCCCUCAGCAGCCUCCCAUGGUCCAUGUGUCACUGCCAUACUACCUCUUUGGGGUCUUUGAUGGCCAUGCUGGCUGGGGUGCUGCUGUGGCCGCUGCCAACCAGCUCCACCAUCUUGUGCAUGAGAAAUUGUGUGACGUGAUUGACAUCCUGAUUCCUGACCCACUGGAGGAGAAGCAGCAGACCCCCAUCUGGGCUCCUGAGAGAGAGGUCACCAUGGAGAGUGCUAUCACUGGUGCCCUGGAGAAUGCCUUCUGGCAGAUGGACCACACUAUAGCAGAAGACAGGCUGAGGUUUCAACUGACUGGGGGAUGCACUGCCUGUGUUGCUCUCUUCAUCAACGGCAAGCUUUUCCUGGCCAAUGCAGGAGACUCACGUGCCAUCCUCUCCAUGGGCGGUGUUCCACUACCCAUGUCCUUCGACUUCACUCCUGAGACAGAGAACCAGCGCAUCAGAAAACUGGGGGCAAUGCAUCCAGAGCUCCUUGGCGGGGAGUUCACUCACCUUGACUUUGUCCGCCGGCCACAACGGAGGGACCUGGGCAAGCGGGUGCUGUACCGGGACCACUACAUGAGCGGCUGGGCAUACAAGACCCUCACACCAGAUGAUCUCAAGUACCCGCUUGUGUGUGGCGAGGGCAAGAGGAGUCGCGUUUUGGCCACCAUAGGGGUCACAAGGGGGUUUGGGGACCACGACUUGAAGGCUCAGUGUACAUCUAUUCCAAUCAAGCCAUUCCUCUCACCAGAGCCAGAGGUGCGAGUGUUUGAUGUAGAAGCAGCAGAGCUCACAGAUGGAGACGUCUUGGUGCUGGCAACAGACGGGCUAUGGGACAUCAUCUCCAACGAACGAGCGGUGGCCAUGGUGGGCAAGUCCCUCUCUCAUUUCCCGCCUGACCACCAUGACAAGCACAAGUACACCAGUGCUGCCCAGGACCUGGUCAUGGGGUCACGUGGGAAGCUGAAGGAGCGUAAUUGGCGCACGAGUGACGACAAGCAUGCCACCAUUGACGACAUCACUGUAUUUGUAGUGCCUAUCUUACCUUACCAGGAAGAGCACCGAGCGUGGAAGGCCAGGCAAGGCAGGCCUCCUAAGGGAAAGCAGGCAGCCAACAAGGAGAGAGUUGAUGCAUCAGACAAUGGCCAUGCACCACCUUUAGUACCUCCUAGAAACCAGGACAGCCAUGAAUGUUCCUCCACUGAGAAACACAACCCACAGGAUCCCCUCAGCACCUGGGAGCCACCAAGCAUGGAAGCCUUUGACCUGCACCCUCAGGAGGACCAUUUCAGGAGUGAGAUGGACACAGCACAAACACAGAGGAGUGAGGAGCCACUGCGAGACUCAGACAAAGCAUAGUAGAGAUUGGUGGGUCGUGGAUUAAGGAAAGGUGAACACUAGUCUUGUUUCUGGGUCUGAGUCUGGCUUUGGUGGCUUUAUGGGGCAAGGAAGGGAAUCAUUGGGGCUGUUCAUCAUCACAUGUUGAGUGUUGACCUGUUGUUGCUGUGAGAGAGAGAGAGAGAGAGAGAGAGAGAGAGAGAAAGAGAGAGAGAAUGUGUGAGCAUAUACUUUCUCCUGAACAAUUUCUUUCUACCAAAGAAUUGUUAUGUUAUGAAAAUAUUUAUUUCUAGAUAUACACAAGCAAAUUUUGUAAGUUAUAGGAGUGGUGUGUGUUAUUGUAUAGCUAAGUAGAGGAACACAGACAUAAUCACUGAGGUGUGACUCACCAUCACCUUAGGAGUGGCACUGCAAUUUUUCUUGAUUAGACAUACAGUUUUUUCAGAAUAGAUUACAUCAACAAAGGAAAGGGGCAGCCAGAAACUCAAACACACAUGGUCAUAGCCAGAAGUCGUGCAACUUACUGCACUCAUAUUCACUGUGUUUAGUGUUUUUCUUCAGUUUUAAAGUCCUAAAAAGCUGAAAAAACUUCCAAAUUACCUAAUACAAUCUCUGUUUUUUUUAAUGCCUUACACAGUGGCUAAUUAAUUCAUUGGUGUAUUGGCUUCACUAUAAAUCUGUUCCCUGUCUCAAGUCCCUGGUUUACUGACAUUCUCCUUGAAGCCCAACUAAAAGGCUCCUAGCAGAUCACAGGAUUGAAGGGAAACAGUAAAUACAAUGGAAGCAGGUGCAGCAGAUUACUCAGCUACUGAUUUUGACUGUAUCUUGGUGACUAUGAGAGCUUUUCAGAGGAAGAAAAAGAAGACAUAACUGCAGUGACAGCCCAGUGUAGUUAUUCAGAUGCAGGGCACGGCAGGAUCACCCAGGUCUUGUCUUUACAGGGUGAGAAUGUCAGAGAUGGCCAUUAAAAAGUCAAGGUUCUAGCAGUGCAUAGCUGGUGAGGGACCAAGGGCAGUUAAAACAGUUGGUCAUGGUUUUGCAAGUACUCAUCCUGUCCUUUGAUUCAUGGUGUGUAGAGUUACGGGCAAUGAUAAACAGGUAGAGAAUGAAGAACUGCAGUGAAAGAGUGUUGGUAGCUGAGUGAAGGAUGGGAAUAAAGCCUACAUGGCCAUUGAUGUGGCAGUGCUGUGUGCAUAUCAUGCUGUGUGCCAGAAGGUAGACAUUGUGGUUUGCAGUGUUGACAAGUAGUGUUGUCCUGAUGUAUUUGGAGGCUGUAUAGAAGGUUUGAACAUCUAAUAGUCUGUUUGAAGAUAUCUUAGGUUAAACUUUAUUUACUCACAGGUCCUGCUGUUGGGUUAGGGAGGCUGUUGUUGAUAGUUGCAGUCUUAAGUUGUGUAGCUAUGUGUGUCCAGUUAACAGGAUGCACAACAAAGAAAAACUCUACACAGGUAGUGGAUAUGUCAAGACCUGUGGAGCCGAGGGUACAAAUACCUUAUAAGACAGUGUACUGAGAACCUGUGCAUUGCUCAGCACUUAUUAGAACAUUCUUAUUUAUAUUUAUUGUAGAGUUCUAUGAGAGGAUGCUUGUGGUUUAGGUUUAGAGUAGCUGGUCUUCAUCUUAGCCUUCCAUUCUCUCCUGAGUUUCUCUUAUAAAUUGGUGACAUUGAAGAAGAAAAGCCUGUCUCUACUUUACUUUACUACCAGAUGUUGCUAAAGUCUUUUCAGGUUCUUUUCAUAUCCUUAUUUGAUUUUUAUUUGGUUAACUUUUCAGGUUUUUUUCAUAUUCUUAUUUGAUUUAUACUUGGUUACCUAUUUAUUGCUGUUUUACCAUGAUCGCCUUCCCUCUUCCAUGCCAUUUUUUGCUACAUGGAUUCUCAUUAUUGUUUACUUGUUCAUGGCAUUUCUGCUUUUUUUCUUUUGCUACUGAGUUGGUUGAUCUGAUGCCAUUAUUUCUCUUACAUUACAUAUUUUCUAUCUCAUUUUGUGUGUUAGUGGUGGAGGGUGUGCAUGUGUGUGUGUGUGUGUGUGUGUGUGUGUGUGUGUGUGUGUGUGUGUGUGUGUGUGUGUGUGUGCGCGUGUGCGUUGUGAUGAUGCUGAUGAGACGUCUGUCAUAAUAGGUCAUAUUUAUGCACAAUUAUUUAUGUUUCACUGUAUUCCAAAGAAUGACAACCAUUCCUUCGUUUAGAAAAGUGUAUGUUUAAGGCUAUGUUUAGUUGUGGAUUUGCAGAUUGUUAAGCUACACCCUCUAAUCUUUCUUAUUGUUAUAGAUGAUUAUAUGCGAUGUUUACAGUAUUUAUCUAGAAUGAUUGUCGGAUGUUCCCAUAUUACAAGGGCAAGGAAGGAUGUAUAUUUCAUUUUAUAUUUUCUGUCUUCUUGGUAGUAGUAUAUCUUACUGUAUAGAUGACAUUACUCUGUACUUUUAUUUAUCUAUUUUUUUUUUAUAGUAUCCUUUUCUGUAUGUGUAUGUUUGUGUGUGUGUGUGUGUGUGUGUGUGUGUGUGUGUGUGUGUGUGUGUGUGUGUGUGUGGAUGUUUUUGUGUGUGUGUACAUGUACGCACCAUAGUAAGUUAUAUUCUGGACCUGGCCAACCAGCACCUGAAAUACUGAGCAUCACACAGAUUGGGUGUUUGGUAGUCAGUGCCAGCACACCUGUGGUACUCAGAGGCUCACCUGUGGUCCAUUCAUCCCACCCUGAGCUUCUCUCACAGCUGCAGCCACCACUGUUUAGAUGCCUUAGAAUACCCUGCUGUUCCACUCACUGAUUCCCUUUGUUUUCUAUCUAAAUCACUGUCAAAUAGCACGCCAACACUCCCUCCCGUGGGGCUGGAUUAAAAGGAUCUCAUUCACAAGUGACGCCUUACUGGUUGUCAUGAAUCACACAAGUACACAAGUUCUGAGUUUGCCAAUCAUUCUAUCACAUAUACUUUAACCUCAUUAAUCAGCAUCUCUCCAUUUUACCUCAGACUAUAAGAGUGGCAAUACAUUAAGUUAAUUUGGUCCUUGUAUAAGUAAAGUAGGAGGGUGCAGUGAUAAGAGAGGAAGGCAGUGGUGUGUUGGUGUAUGCAUAUGGCUCAUGAAUCCAUACAUUUGCUGUCAGAAUGAUAAAAGUGUCAGUCGCUGCAAUAUGCCUUGUCAUUUGAGUGUGACUGGCUGAUAUAAAGUGCUCAGGUCACCCACUGUCACCACAGCAGCUCAGAGUAUCCCUCGUCCACGUGUUCCAAGUAACGGUGGUAAAUACUCAGCACAGCAGCCACUACAGUGGACGUGGAUGGUGGUAGUGUCUGCAGUGCUGCAAAGGAGAGACUUGGCUGUGACCAGUGGGUGGUGUAUCAGUUUUUCCUUCAGCAUGAGUAAAUUUUGUAGUAAUGAAGAGAAGAAGAAAAUGAGCAAGUGUGUAUCGUGGUAGCUUGGAAAUUUCACUUUAAUUAUUCAGCAAUUGAAAUACUACCACAUGUAAAUCUGUUUGAAAGUCACAUGCUGGCUGUGAGAAUUUUAAUAAUAAUUGUUUUUACCACUACAUAUCUGGUGUUUGGUGAGGGGAGGGGGAAGGGUGUGCCCCUGAGGAAGUGUGUUUAGCCUCUAUAGCCUUGCCUAUAUACUGUUCCUUGGUCAAAAUAUAUGCAUCAUAUACAUUAAUGUUAUAUAAACUUACUGGGGAGGCUGCUGAGGUAGCAUAUAGAGGGGCUAUGAGAGAGAGAAGGUUUAGCAGCAGUAUCUUAUAACAGCAUCAUUCUGAAACAAUUUGUGUUCCAAAAUGAAUGAUUUUUAAUAGUAUGACAAAAUAAAUCUUUUGUGAA